AUGACUACCCUUAAAAUGAUUGCGUUGGCUGGAGGUCCAUCGGGCAAUCAGGCCACAUUACUUAUGACACAAAUGGAAUCCUUCGGACUGUCAUUCCGGCGAGAUUGCAAAAAUGAAGAGGAUCUGCUCAAAUGGGAAGGGAUACAGUCGAGAUUACAAUCUGAGCAGGAGCAGCUGUUGAUGUAUGCCAUUCAUAAAUUUGAAUUUAAAAAUCCAGUGGUAUUAGUGGACCGGACACUGCCGAGGGACUAUCUUAACAAGGCACAGUUCGAUCUCCUUGUCCAGAAAGCCAGCAUGUGCAAUCGCGUACCACUUGAUAGAUAUUACGGUGUGAUAUACAUGCGAACUACGACAGUUGAGGAGCAGAAACUUCUCUAUAAUAGACACAUUUGGACAAAAGAGGAAUGGGAAAAAGUGUGGAAAGAUAUGGAGCAGAUACGUAGGAGGAAUGAGGAGGUCUGGAGUCAACAUACGAAUUUCCUUCUUGUGGACGUGUCCUCCAAAGAUAAAUUUCGGAAGAAGUUGCAAAUGGCUUGUGUCAACAUAGCCCAAUUGCUGGAUUUCGAGCUAAAACGUGGGUUAGGUCACAGUUACUUUUACCCUUCUCUAAUUCUGGUACCCAAGGUAAGGCUACAGUACCCUGGCAAUCCCAGCUAUUUUGGUUUGGCAUAG